AUGAUGAUGAGUGAGCCCGGCCGCAUCAAUUAUUUGGCCGACGAAUUGCUAGGUUUGAUCUUGUCGUUUCUGAUCGCCGAUGCGGAGUUUCCGGAUGGACGCGAAAUACUUCAAGACUACGCCUUCCCGCCAUACAACAACAAGCGAAAUGGAACGAAUGCGGUGGCAUCGCGGGGAGAGAGAACCGAUCUGGACAGGUUUUCGGCAGAGGGAUUCCGACGGUUGAAUGAGCUGGUGGACAUGCAACAGGCUCAUCACACGCGAUAUUUUACUUAUAUGGUCCGGCCUUAUUACCAGGGACGGGACUGGGAACGAUUCCUCGCCGAGAUUGCGCGUGACUACCCUACGCUAUCCGAGAUUCACACAGCCCGACUCGCGGACCAAACAUCGCUGGUCAAAAAUGCACGAGAUAUUCUUUCAUUGAAACGGGCGCUGGUCGCGUUUACUUCCCUGCAACAAAUUAAACUUCUCCGAUUACAGGACAGGGCGGAUGAAGAUAUCAUGGAACGAGCAAGACGGUUCGUUAGUGUUAGAGAUGUCAAACUCGACUGGGAGCCGGCAUGCUCUCGCGCGAUUGAAGGAUUGGCAUUGGCGCUGAUGGGAUCUAGCUGCCAGUCUGUCCGAUUUCUGGGUCCGCAAUUGAGCCCUGAAGCUGCUCUGAAAUUACUGAAUGCGCCCCGAGUGACAAUGUCUGCUUUAGGCGAGCGACUUACAUGCUUGGAUAUAUAUUUUCACUCGGCGUCGGAUGUGACAGCAUUGAUGUCAAAAUUAUCAACUACAUUUAAAGACUUUUUUCAGGCGGCGCGAAACCUCGUUACGAUUAAUGUCGGGUUUCCGGCUGAUCGUCCAUUGAAUUUGCAUCUGGAAGACGUUUUUCAUCACAUACAUUGGCCGCGAUUACGGAGUCUUGGGAUUCAAGGCUGGCGUUUGCAUUCGUCUGAAAUUAGUGCGAUCGCGCGGCGUCAUCAGUCGCAGCUCCGCGAGUUACGCCUACCAUAUGUUUACCUGCUUGACGGAAGCAGAUGGCGUGACGUUCUUUCCAUACUCCACGAUGACAUGGAACGGCUUGAAAAACUAAAUCUUCAACAUAUCAACUACGCAUCUCACUUCAACACCGAAAUUAUGAACGGUAUUGAAAUACCGCCAGGAAGCACAACAGACGAAGACGAACAGAGAGAUGAGGAUGACGACACAAAUCCAAAUGGUGAACUUGAACCAUCUCAAUCAGACACAGACUCUUCAUCUAUUGCGUCAAUACAUGACUCGCAAAGCGAAAUAUCAUCAGAAACAGAAGAAUCAUAUCGACAGCAGCACCGAUACCCGUACCGCCACCACCAUCACCAACGAGACUUGCAAACAUUAUCUGAGCAAGAACUCAGUAUGCUUACUGCUAACGAUCUGGGCGAUAACGGGAUAUAUGUGAAACGAGAGCAUUGGCAUAUAUGGGAAAAAUGGGUGGUUAUAUCACGGCGUCGGUUGUAG